GUGUGUUCAAUGUUCAUGCCGAUAUGAUAAGGCUAAUCAGAUAAGUUUGAUCGUUCUUCGUAGUAUCAAAUUCAAUUGACGUUUUGCUUUGCUUUGUUUAAAACUGUUUUGACUAUUUGUUCUGUGUGCGCUUGUAAAUUGGGAUUGAUUGAAAUACUUUUUGGAAUCGAAUACAAUUUCCACGAAAUCUUCAGUUAAUUUUGCAUCUAAUCAUAAGCGACAUUAGUUUUGAAAGGUAUCUGUCAAAAUGUUGAGCCCUGAACGAUCUUGGUGUUGGACCGAUGCAAAAACCAUUGGAUUGUUAAUUGGCUUUUCACGAAUUAUAUUACUCUCGAACAUGAUUGUAUUCCGCACAAUAUCAAUGCCCGCCAUCAUAUUCAUUGAAGAAGCCGUGGUACCACUUUUGUUUAUAUUUUUCGAUAUCUGCUGGAUUCAUGGACUUUAUACGGAAAAACCAAAACUACUUCUACCGACUUUGGUGACUGUGACCAUCGAAAUUGUUUCACUAAUUUCGUUAGCCAUCUAUCAAGUCAUGGACAUGGUUUACUUAAAUUACAAUGCCGAAUCGUUUGCAUGGAUAACCGUAAUGUUUGCCAUCUCUAUAGCAAUAGAAUGUUUUGUUUGGAUCACUGGCUAUAUUCUCUACAAGCGGAUGAAAAAAACUCAAGGGUUCCAGAACCUUACCAAAAUUGAAUAUCUUGAUAUAGUCUAAUUCAAACUAAAAUCUAAUUAUUGGAUAAAAAUUGGGGAAAAAUCGAAUGAAAUAAAUUCUUGAAAUUGUUUGUCACUCGAUGUACGCGAAGUGGGAUUU